AUGGCUGCUGUACCUGAAGGCUAUUCGACGACGCGCGAUGAGGCGACCAAGGACUACAUCUUUCAGCAGACCAUGCUGCGCGUGAAGGAUCCCAAAGUGUCACUCGAUUUCUACUCGCGCGUUCUUGGCAUGCGGUUGUUGAAGCAGCUGGACUUCCCAGAGAUGAAGUUCUCGCUCUACUUCAUGGGCUACGUCGACGAGUCGGCCAUCCCGACCGACGAGACCGAGCGCACGCGGUGGCUCUUCCAGCAGCCGGCCACGCUCGAGCUCACCCACAACCACGGCACCGAGGCCGACGACUCCAAGUACCACAACGGCAACUCGGAGCCCCGCGGCUUUGGCCACAUCGGCAUCUCCGUGCCCGACGUCUACAAGGCGUGCGAGCGGUUCGAGGCGCUGGGCGUGAAGUUCGUGAAGAAGCCUGACGACGGCAAGAUGAAGGGCCUGGCCUUCAUCAGCGACCCCGACGGCUACUGGAUUGAGAUCCUCAACGCCGGCAACAUGGCCGCCUCCUGA